GCACUGUUCCUUAGUUGAUUUUCAAAUAUGGAAUCUGUCGAUAUUCAUUGUUCUGCCUUAUGCACAGCUAAAAAUCGGCACCUGUCACUUCCUACGUCUACAGAUGUCUCAACUCCAUUUCGUUUUGUAAUUAUUGCUGACCCACAGCUUGGUUUACUUGAACAGUAUGUGGAGAAACGUCCUCGACCCCACCACUGGGAUAGGGAAGUGAAGCUUGUUAGUAGGGCAGUAAGUAUCAUAAAUCGUCUUUGUCCGAAGCCAGCUUUUGUUAUCAUUUGUGGGGAUCUUGUUAACGAUCAUCCAGGUGGUUCUGAUAGAUGUAAACAAACAUCUGAUUUGCUGGAAAUACUGUCUCAUCUCAACAGUGAUAUCCCUCUUAUUGUGCUUCCAGGAAAUCAUGAUGUUGGGAACCGCCCUGAUGUAAAUGACGUGCAGGACUAUAUAAGCAUGUGGGGAGAUGAUUACUUUACUUUCAUAUUUAACCGAACAAGGUUUAUUGUACUUAAUACUCAAUACCUAGUGAAUGACUCGAAGUGCCAAUCUUCGUCCAGUGAAUUUCGUCAGUGGUUCAAUGAACAACUCUCUAUAAAAAAUGAAAAUUUUGAUAUGUCGGUUGUAUUCCAGCAUAUUCCAUUUUUCUUAGAAGAUAUAAAUGAACCAGAUAAUUAUUUCAAUAUACCAAUAAAUUAUCGUAAAGAAUUUGUCAAUAAACUUUAUCAACAUAAAAUUUAUUAUGCAUUCGCUGGCCAUUUACAUAAAAACAUUAUAGCAAAUUAUACCCCAUUAAUAAUUAAUGAAAAUAAUGAUCACACCAAUAACAACAAUACUGAUAAAUCAUUUUCAAUGAUCAGUUCAUCAUCCGUUUGUGUCCAAUUAGGUAAUGAUCAACCAGGAAUUCGUCUUGUGCAAAUUGAUACUAAUAAUAAUAAUGAAAAUGAUGACUUUCUAAAGCAUGUCUAUUGGACGCUGGAUGAAUUAGAGGAAAUUUUAAACUCUGGUAAACAACCGGAAAUCUAACGGUUCUUAGACAUUAGGUUAUUUUACAACCUUGUUUUCUUUCAAUGUGUAACGUCAUAAUAUUUGUUUUUUUUUUUGAUGGGGGCAUCAUGUGAGAGGACUUACGUUUGUUUUUGAGAAAAAGAAGGGAAAAAAAUAAGAGAAUGUUUCUUGAAAAUGAUCUGUUUUUUCUUGUCUUCUCUCUAUUUCUUAGUCAUAUAUGUCAUGUUUGUGAUUGAAUUUUCUACGGUUUGUUUUAAUUGCAUCAUUGCUCUAAUCAAUUGAAUUGCUUGGGGUAUUUUUUCGCUCUUAGUGUACUAUUAAUUUAAUCAUAGAUCCAAAGUUCCAAUAAUUUGCGUUUAAAAGUUGAUAUUAUUCAACUGAUAUAUCAUUUCUUCUAGACAUACAUAUGUACGUUGUUCAAAAGUAAUUUGAAUAAUAAAGUUAUAUCUUA